AUGGGUAAGCGUCGUGGCGUGAAUGACGUGGCAUUCAAGACCCACGAAGCGUACUAUGAUGGAGUGAGGGAUGAGUUCAAUGCUCUCUUGAUUGAAAACGUACCAAAUUACCAAAUCUCGUUGGUCCAACAGAGGUUGGGCCCAAAGUGGCAGACCAAGCACGCAGUGAUCGACCCGCGGAACUUUGGGAUUCCCUGUGCAAGAUCAAGACUCUAUGUUUUAGCAUGGCGCCGAGACUCCGUACGCUGGCGCCAGGACGUGGACUUGGCCGAAGCUCUGGACAUCCUGUCAGCCAGGACCGUGGCGGGAGCUGCAGCGUGCUUCUGGAAAAACGACCUACCCCCCUCAUCUUUGACACCUGCCCAGGAACACCAGAGAUUCCUGUCUCCCUUGGAGAUGUUGGCUUCGCAGCUUUUGCCAGUCCUUCCUGCUCAAGCUCGCAGCUGCGGUGGUCGCAAGUUGGACGUGCAAGAUGUCCCACCUACCCAGUUGGCGAAGAUGGCAGGCAAUUCGAUGUCCGCCCCGUGCGUGGCGGCUAUGUUGGCAGUUGCCAUGUUGGCUUUAGAGCUUAAGUGA